UCACCGAAAUAUCUCUACUCUCUGAAACUUCAGAAACAUAACCUCAACCGUCUCCGUCAUCCUUCGUCGACCAUGCGAUUCACUCUCAGUUUCACUCUUCAACAACAACAACAACAAUAAGAACUAGUGAUAAGUGUUGGCCUUGAUCAAAGUUUAUAUUGGAAAAUGAGCCAGAGAAUGGCAUCUUUAGGUCGCCCUCCGUUCAUGAUAUCUACCAAUACUAUUCCCAGGCUCCAUUUCCGAACCCAGAACUUGUUUAAAAGCUCGAGCUCAGUACAUUUCUGCAGUUUCCCUCGCAUUCAGAUAAACCGUCCACUUGUUUGCUGCACUAAACUGUCUUCCUGGGAUCCCUCAUCUGACACAUAUGCCCCCACGGACAGUGCCAGUGAUAACGUUUUGAAUAAAACCUCCAACAUUUUUGAAAACCUUUCAUCUGCUAGUACUGCUCAAGCACUAGGUACCAACAGUGAGAAGCUUGAUGGCGCAAGUGAUCAGACAGGAACAGAGCUUCAGGUCCUUAAAUGGCCAAUGUGGCUUCUUGGCCCUUCUCUUCUCCUCCUGACUGGCAUGUUGCCAACACUGUGGCUACCGAUAUCUUCCAUAUUUAUUGGCCCCAACAUAGCAAGCUUGCUUUCUUUGGUCGGACUUGAUUGCAUUUUUAAUCUUGGUGCAACGCUUUUUCUCCUAAUGGCUGAUUCAAUAGCCCGGCCUAAACAGUCAUCACAAGCCUGUAGAAGCAAGCCUCCCUUUAGCUACAAGUUUUGGAAUAUUGUUGCAACUGUGACUGGAUUUAUCAUUCCCCUGAUGAUGGCUUUUGGAUCCCAACAGGGUUUCAUCCAACCCCAGUUGCCUCCCAUCUCAUUUGCCGUACUAUUGGGUCCCUACCUUCUGCUUAUCGCAGUUCAGAUUCUUACUGAGAUGCUGACUUGGCAUUGGCAGUCACCAGUUUGGCUGGCAACCCCUGUCGUUUAUGAGGGUUACCGUUUGUUGCAGCUGAUGAGAGGAUUGAAGCUUGGAACUGAAAUCAUGGCACCAGCUUGGAUAAUGCAUACAAUUAGAGGACUGGUGUCUUGGUGGGUUCUAAUCCUUGGUAUGCAGCUAAUGAGGGUUGCUUGGUUUGCAGGCUUCGCUAGUCGAUUUCGACCUUCCCCUGCUGGUGAUAAUUAGCACUUUUGUGGCUUUGAAUGUAAUUUUUUUUUUGUAGGUGAAGAAAUAUGUGGUUUAAUAACCCUAUUCUUUGCUGAAGUUAUGAAUGUACAUGAACAUUUUAUCUCCGAGCUAUCUAGGAACAGAGAUGUCAUCUUGUGUAAUACAUUAUAGUAAUCAUCUUUCUCUUUGGUUCA